UUCAGUUAUGGUGCUCCGUAUGCCUCCGGACAUGGUGUGCGAUUGGGCUGUUGCCGUCUUUAAUGCUCCGGAACAAAUGGCCAUAUUCCGCAUGCCCAGAGUCGAAGCCUAGCUGAUCACUUUUUGUUUCACGUGAAGUUCCACGUUAAAAGUAAUUUUAAAGUCGGUAGCCGACGCGAUGCAGGCUUCCCAGUCCUGGCCCCGUUCCGCUCCUGCGGGAGGCAUCAGCCGAGAGGUGACCACGUCUCGACUACCGCCGCGAGGGUCCCACGCUCUUUUCUAACAAACGUUUUCCUAUCUAUGUCUCGUGGUUCCUUUCUUCUUCUGAAGAGCUUGAGUUUAUUCGGUGACGAGAGCAGUCUUGGCUCCUCCGCGUAAAUCAUUUCAUCAAGGCCCCGGGAUUUGGCACCAGCGGGAGUUCCCGUGUAGCAGUACCUUUCCCAAUUGUGGCGGAGUCUCUUGAAUGAUUGGCCGUGGAUCAGACCAUGAAUUCACCGUAGUGCAACACCCUAUUGUAUUCCUGGCGUACCUUCGUUCAAGGGAGUGACUUGGCACUUGAUUCAGCGAUUUUUUGCCGUGUAGACCCGCUGUCGUUUCCGCUAGCAAUGGCAGUAGUAGCUGUCCAGAUUGGCCAAUGCGGCAAUCAACUUGGGGUGGCCCUGUUUUCUCGCAUUGCUGAAGAGAUUGCCUUCGCUCAAAGUGUGCGUGACGAAGCGCGUGCCAGGAGACUGGCCAGCAUUUAUUUCCGUGAUUCUGAGGCCAACAAGGGCUCGAUCGCUAGUUCGUCGUGUGCCGCAGUUGCGACUGAUGCACGCGUGGCGCCGCUGUUCACUGCACUCGACAGGAAAAGAGAGGAUACGUAUGCAGUCAGCAGCGAGGCAUGGACUCCUGAUAAUCCGAAGGGCCUCUCUCCUCAGUGGCCAAUGGCGGAUGCCCCUGCGAUUGCCCGCUCUAUCCUAGUCGAUAGCGAACCAGGUGUUCUAGACACAUGCUUGUCUGGAUCACCGUAUUCCACCUCAACUGGUUCGAGAGACAAAACGGGGAGCUCUGUAAUCUACUCAUCCAACCGCGACUUCACUUUCUCACGAAGUCUUCACGAGUCACACUCCGCCACUUCUUUCCAGUGGCAGUACAGCAAACGGAACGCGAUAUACGGGGCACGUGCCACAGGGUGCGGCAACAACUGGGCUCUCGGGUACCUGCGUGAAGGUCCGCGUCGCGAAGAGGCCAUUGUCGGAGCUCUUCAGUGCGAGCUAGAAAAAGUCGAUAGUUUGUCCUCUGUUCUUCUCAUCUACAGUCUUGCUGGCGGCACUGGGUCGGGAAUCGGGGCGUUCAUGAACGCUGUUUGCCACGAUCUUCUGGGUUCUACUGCGACGGUCAAUCUCGCGGUCUGGCCGUUUGCGUCUGGGGAGCUGUCUGUCCAAAGCUACAAUACGGCACUAUCUCUAGCCCAUGCCUACUUUUUUAUGGAUGGUAUGAUACUCGCUGAAAACACGCGUCUGGAGGAGCUUUGCGGAGGAACUGGAACUAGCUUCGGGGGGCCUUCGUUCAGUGACAUGAACCGUGCAAUUUCAGCAGCAGUUGCAUCUGCCACGCUGUUCCCGCACCAUCGGUGGGUCACUGCGACAGCACCCGGACGCCUUCAAAGCCAGAUGAAAACCCAGUCUAGCCACCACGGACGGAAAACGCUGCGACAUCACGGAGCAGGUGUCGCUUCUUUUUCAGGCGGAAGGCAGACCCUGUCCAGAUGCAGUCAUUCCAACCCGCCUGAAGCAGUGAGCCCCCCACCGACCCCCGAGAAUUCUGUUCUACCUAUAGGAGCGAGUCCGCUACCUUUUGUCGUGCGAGAGCUGUGCAGCCAACCCGCCUAUAAACUCCUAACAGUAUUUCAUAACUCAAUACCCACUUUCGCGCCGGUGUCAAAGCCUCACACCUUCGGGAGCCCACAAGGAUUCUUGUCCUCCCCUUCCUGUCGGCACGAUAGUCCUUUUGGCUGUGACACCUACGGUAGUUUGUUCAAGCAAAUGCUCCGCCAGUUUUCCCGAAGUACGCUCCGGACCCCUUCCUCUCCAGCAGAUAGUGGCGGACUCAAGCGAAACGCAGGAAUUCCGGGGGGUUUUGAGCAGCUUUCCAACUGCAACAAAGGUACGUCCCCGCAGGUGGACAGUGGCAAACGUUUUUGGUCCUCCAUGGGGCCGACUGGGGAGCCGGUUGGAGAGCAUACACCUUUCUCCGAGGGAGGGCAAAAGAGGACAUUCCGUGGACGCCUUGCUAACCAAUCUGCUCACGCCAGGACGUCGGAGUGCGGUGACUGUGGGAAGUCUGGCGUUCCAACUACAGAUACAGUCCGAAGGACUGGAGAACGGCGCACUAGCGGGACGCUGGGGGCGUGGGCAUUCAUACGAGGGACUGACAUUGAGGCCGCGGAAGCAGAAGAGGGGUUUUAUCCUGAGGAACAACUUGAUUCCGCUGUGCGAAUUUACAAGGAGAAUACGGUUCCGAUACGAGUAAGGAUGAACAGACCAGCUGUUUGGAGGUUCCCCUGUGGCGUUCUCGAGCAAAAAGUUGCAGAAGCAUGUGACAGGCAGGAGCGUUUAUAGGUUACGAAGAGUCGUGCGAUAUCAUUCUCCGCGGUUGGAUACCGUGAAGCUUCCACAGCAUUAGGAUCUGUGUCGUCUCGACUGGCUGAAGAUGGCCCGCUAGGUUUUGCUUCAGUUGUUUUCCUUGAGGUAGAUCGACUGUAUUUGAAAGAAAAAUUAAUGUUGUAACGCGUGACUUUGCUUCUAUAGUGAAUCAGUACAUGCCCACUGUCUGACGACAUCAAGUGUUCUGUCGAGCGCGUUUCUGCACAGCCGUAGCUGGCGUCAUGCUCACACUGGAGUCUCGUUCCGAAGUGAUCUCCCCUGAAAAAAUAGAGAGAAUUCAGAAAGGCAACUUGACCAGCCGGAGCUGGAUUCUUGCAGACUAAAAAGGGAAAGUUGAUGGGAGCUGGCGUCUGCCGUGGUGACUUUUCUACCGGCUCGAGGUAGCAUGGAUGGAACAAGGUGCGAUGGCCAGAUGCAAUAAAACCAACAUCCAGUUGGAACAGCAUUGAGUUAUUUCGUCGUUUGUCGAAAGAACACGGACUGAUACGGAAAUGCUAUAACACCGGGAUUUAUUUCCAGCCUGGAUUCUCUGAGGCGGUCGCACGGCUGUGCCUGCUGCGCAGGUUUUCCGAGAGAAACUUGGCGGCUAUGGCGGUAUGAAGCAGAGAAGUGUGAGCCUGGUUUCGAAUUGUCUGACUCCUUUAGGAGCUCUGCGGGAGUAAGUGGACUGCUGUGAGCGUCUUAAAAACAUACAAGCUAUGCAAGGGAG